AAAAGUCUUUUCUUCCAUCAACUCCAAGAAACAUCCAGAAACCUCGUGUGAAUAUGUUGUCUGUAGGUCCGUACUGUGUUUUUAAAUUUUGAUUAGAAGUGGAGCUUGAGCAUAAUAACAAUGGCUGUUGGAAGGCGUAGUAGAGACCUGAUAGGUCCUCUUUUGGUGUUCAACUUUGUGGUGUGUCUUAUUGUUCUUGGACUGGCUGGAUGGUCCCUUGACAAGUAUAUUGAUGGUGAACAGAAUCAUCCACAUUUGGGUGGGAAUUCAUCAACAAGCUUUAUGUUGAUCUUUGCUUUGAUAGCUGGGGUGGUUGGUGCUUGUUCUGUGCUUCCUGGGCUAGUGCAUCUUCGGGCAUGGCGGAGUGACAGUUUGGCUGUGGCAGGCUCUUUAGCAGUUCUCUCCUGGGCCAUUACAGCUCUUGCUUUCGGUCUGGUAUGCAAGGAAAUCAUUUUGGGAGGACGCAGAGGUAAACGUCUGCAAACAUUGGAGGGCCUCAUAUUCAUAUCACUACUGAGUCAGUUGCUGUAUAUGGGGGUUCUGCAUGCUGGGGUGUUUGACAACAGCUAUGGACCAGGUUAUCGUAGCUACGACGUCGACAAGGACCAUGCUGGUGGCGGCACUGCCAUGGGUCAUGAACCCCAGAAUCCCGGAACUUCUGAUGUAAUCUGAAACAUCUCACAAAUGUUCUCUCUUAAGAGGGUGUAGAUGAUACUUGAACUUUCAAUUUUUGUGUUUUUGUAUGAAAUGGAAUUAGA